CCCUCACACUCUUUAGUUCACACGCUCUCGGAGCUGCCAGAGAAACUUCCUCCAUCUCCACCGCGGCUCUGCGCUCGUCCAUCCCCGCUUCUCUGCUCCGCGCGUCCCGCUGUGCGCUCACCAACCUCUGCCCGAUCCGAGGCUCCGACCAGGGCUGAAACUGAACUCAAAACACUCAACUGGAAAGAAGUAUACAGCGGGAAUAUGUCUUCGAACGGGUGUAACUAUGAGAAGCUGUCAGAGCAACAGGUCAGUGUGCUGGAGGAGGCUUUUAAAACCUCCAGACAUCCGGACUUCACAUCGCUCAUGUUGAUCUCUGCGGAGUGCGGGCUGUCAGAGAAGCAGACGCAAGAGUGGUUCGAGAGGCGUAAUGCGCAGUGGAGGCAGGCGGAGGGUCUUCCAGCUACCUUGGGGAAAGUCUUCGACUGAAGGAUCUGCUGGAUCGUUCCGGAUGCUCAACCCUGACGUUACUUCUCCUUUUUGCCCCACCCAGCCCUUCCUCUUAUGUCUGAAUCUGUCUUUUUGUAUCUAUGAAGCUAUUUUAACUCACUGUAUGGAAUGUGAAGGUGUUUGUGUGUUGUUGCCAAUAUAACCACCAUGUUUACAGAAAUUAAAAUAUGAUUAUUAUGAA